AUGGGAAGGGAUCAGUAUUCAAUGGGUAAAGAUACCCUGGGUCGCCUAAAAGUAUUGACUGAAAGUCCGAUGUUUGAGAAGUUGGAGGAAAUGAUGCCGGAGUUGGAGUCCGGGGGCCGGUAUCGGCCGCCCAACUGCCAGUCCCGACACAAAAUGGCAAUCGUUAUACCAUAUCGUGAUCGCGAAGAGCACUUGCGGACAUUCCUACUGAAUAUACACCCUAUGCUCGAGAGACAGCAAUUGGAUUAUGGCAUAUAUAUCGUCGAAGAGAAUGGGAAUGGCAAGUUCAAUCGGGCUAAACUCAUGAACAUCGGCUUCCUGGAGGCGCUCAAACAGUACGACUACCAGUGCUUUAUUUUCCAUGACGUGGACCUUAUUCCCGAGGACGACAGGAAUCUGUACACCUGUCCCGAUCAGCCCCGGCAUAUGUCUGUCGCCAUCGAUAAGUUCAGCUACAGACUUCCCUACAAAGACCUCUUCGGCGGUGUCAGUGCACUGACGACCGAACAAUUCAAGAGAAUUAAUGGCUUUUCCAACGAGUUCUGGGGCUGGGGUGGAGAGGACGACGACAUGUCCAAUAGAGUGCGUCAUUAUGGUUACAAAAUCAGCAGAUACUCGGCCAGUAUUGCUAGAUAUAAAAUGCUCAAACACAAGGGCGAUACACCCAAUCCCGAUAGAUAUAAGAAGCUAUACAGCGGUAAACGGCGUUACAAAACGGAUGGCAUUAAUAACAUUAAGUACAAAGUGGUGGACCUGGUCUUCAAAAGGCUGUACACCUGGAUUCUGGUAGACCUCAAGUCCCCGGGGUUUAGGGGGAAUGGGUGUCAGAAUAAGCCAAUGAACCCCGUCGUUAGGAGGGAAGCACUGGUCGGGGCUACUAGUGCUGACAGCGCCUACCUACCCAUCGGACAGUGUCAGGCGUUGUGUCCACAAAAUUGUCUUAUCAUUUGGUCACCGAAGCAGAUCUCGAAGAAUAUCAUCGAUAAUAGUCUUACGGACAGUCUUACAGCGCUUCCAGAUAUCUGCAUACGAGUAAGAUUUAUCACUGAAGAGCUGAUCCGUACACUCAUGAGUGACACUAAAAAGAGCGGAGUUUUUGACGAUUUGCGAGAUUUGGUCGAAACGAUAGACUCGUCGACGACAACGACCUCCGGAACCGAUGAACAACUGUUGACACAAAUCGACGACACUCUGUGUAUGAGUUGCGGUGAUGUCGGCACCACUCGUAUGCUUCUCACAGACAUUCCGUUCUUCAGACAAGUGGUGGUCGUGUCCUUCGAGUGUCACAACUGCGGAGACACUAAUAAUGAGUUACAACCCGUUCAACAGAUCGGCGAGAGGGCCGUCAGGUUUGCCGUCCGCUGCCAAACACCACAGGACUUGUCUCGACGUGUGGUGAAGACAGAGUGGGCAGAGAUCGAGAUCCCGGAGCUUGAGUUCGAGGUUAAGAAACAGACGGGACUUAUCACUACCAUUGAGGGCAUUAUCGAAAGAGCCAUCGAUGGUCUCAAACAACUCAUUAAACGAAUGACCAGUGAUGUCCCAGAAGUGGAUCAAACGGGACCCGAAUCUACUGAUCACCAAAAGAUAUGCGAUUUUAUACUGAAAUUAACGCAAUUAAAAGAUGGCAACCAAUCGUUCACUUUUAUCCUGACAGACAUAAGCGGCAAUAGUUUUGUGGAGAGUCUGUGCGCGCCUCCAGAGGCGGACCCAUCGGUCGAAAGCAAUCGAUACAUCCGAACCAUAGCUGAGGAUAAAAUUCUGGGCAUUUAUGACGCGGAGACCACCGCUGAUGACAAAGAUAGUGCUCUCAAGGAUGAAGUGCUUCAGUUCGCCACCAAUUGUCCGAACUGUUCGGCGCCGGCCUUCACUAACAUGAAAAUCACGCAGAUCCCACACUUCAAGGAAGUGGUAAUAAUGGCCACCAAUUGUGACUCCUGUGGCCAUAAGACCAAUGAAGUGAAGCCCGGCUCCGGUAUUGAGGAGAAAGGCAUACGAAUAACGCUUAAAAUCGGUGACAACUCGGACCUCGAGCGGGAUGUGGUUAUUUCCGACACAUGUAGUGUAGAUAUCCCGGAGCUGGACAUACACUUGACGUCAACGGGUUCGGGCAAAUACACGACUGUGGAGGGCGUGGCCCACGAUAUGGCCGAAGACAUUCAAACGAAUCCAUUCCUCGGCGGCGAUUCAGCCAAAGAGGAAGUGCGACAAAAAAUGGAUGAAUUGGUGGCCAAGUUGUCCGUUGAGAGACUCAUAGGCCUAACACUGAUUCUGGACGACCCGUGCGGUAAUAGCUAUGUGUCGGGUGAGGGACAGGCACUCCAUGUCCACAGAUAUUCGCGGACUUUCGAGCAAAACGAAGACUUGGGAUUAAAUGAUAUUAAAACCGAAAAUUAUAAUUAAAAAGUGUUUUUAUAUUAUGUUUGAAAAGUUAAAUUUGAUAAAAAGUGAUGUAUUUGAAAUGCUG